GCAACAAGAGAGGCCGCGACAGGGAGAGGCCCGCGCACCGCGAUGAAGAGUGGCCCCCGCUUGCCUUAACUAGAGAAAGCCCUUGCGCAGAGACGAAGACCUAACACAGCCAAAAAUAAAAUUAAAUAAAUAAAUAAAUUUAAAGAGCUUAAAAAUAGAUUUUAAAAAAAAAGACAAAAGGGGAUCACUAAGCUUUCACUGAAUAAAGUAUGAGUUGUCUGGUGGGCGCAAUUUUGGGGCCCUAAAUCCACAGAGACUGCUGUUAGGUAUGUGGGGGAUGGGAGUUCUUUGUUCUGUGAUGCAGUGAUGACCUCAGGGUAAACUGCCGUUAGGCUGAGGAAAAUGGAAUGGCUGCCAGAGGGCCUGCUUGGGGCUGAGGGGGACACAGGGCUUCUCUGGCGCCAGUUGACCCAUGCCCUGGCCUGCAGACACUGUGGCAGCAGCUGCCUUCUGAGUCCAGGGAACCUGGUAACACUAUUCUUGUUCGUGGUUUGGCAGAUCCAGAGGUGGUGGCAGCUUGCGAGAUGGCGACAGCUUCAGCCCUGGUACUCUGGGGACAAGAUGCAAGGCAAGGGCCUACCACUUCUGUACCGCGUGGCUUUCCUUGAUCGCCUGUGGAAGCAGAAGUCAGGGAAUGAAGAAGAAGAGGAGGAGGUAUCUCUGGAUUCACUGAAGCCAUGUUCUCUUCCCAAAGAAGCUCCUAUUGGAGAACAAGCCACCACAGCCCCAUCCCAGCCAUCCUGUGAUUCUGAGGGCCUCCACAAGGCCACAGGGACACUAGAGCAAGUACUCACGCAGACCCCAAACCCUUCCAGAUCCUUCCCCACCUUUCAGAUCUUGACCAACCUGCCUGUGAGGCACAAGACAGCAUCAGGGAGCCACCUACAGCAGAGAAAAAGCCAGCUCUUCUGGGGUCUCCCCUCUCUGCACAGUGAGUCCUUGGAGGCCAUCUUCUUGAGCUCAGGUGGUCUCUCUCCCCUGAAGUUGUCUGUCAGUCCUUCUGUUUUCUUUAACAAGUUUGACUUUCUGCCUAGAACCCCAGUAUUGCUGCUUCCCCAGUAUUGCUCCCCAACCCCAAUUCCUACACAUGAAGUCCAUACUACAGAAGAUCUGGAAGGAAUAGCCUCUGACCCUCAGCAACUUUCCUCCCCAUUUUCCCCUCCUGUCCCAUCACUUCCCCUCCAUCUUAAAUCCUUUCCCAUGGACCAUAAGAGAGUCCUAUCUGGCACUGAGGCAAAUACACAGUGGCUUACACAGCAGAGAGAGGUCCCUUGGGUCUCUGAGGAUCAAGCCCUGCACCCACAGCCUAACCUCCAAAGAACCAGGUCCUCCAAACUCUUCCAUUCAUCUGAGGUCUGGUGGAAGGUGCCAUGGGAUCUUGGCCUCCAACAACACAUUCCAGACUCACUCUGUGCCUCCCUAGCAGAAAAUCCCGCUAGCCUUCCGGGAGCCCUAACUAGGUCUGAGGCCCCAUGGAGGGCCAUGGGGCAAAAUGAGGACCCCCAAACCCCUGAGCCAGCAGCGCCAGCUCCCAGCCUAACCCCAGCUUCUCUGCCAGAAUGCCAGCCAGUCAGCCCUAUAGGAGGCCUCUCUGGACCUGAGGCCCUCUGGGAAACCACAAGGCGAAGAGAGAAUCCUCAGAUCUCUGAGUCUCUGACCUCAGUCCCUUGCCAAUCUGUAGCCCCCGUGACAGAGCCUCAAGGAACCAGUACCCUGGAAGUUCCACCUGUAUAUGAGACUCAGUGGGGAACCACAGGACAUAAAGAGAGUACUCAAGUCUUUCCGCCCCCAAUGCCAGCCCCCUGCCCUCCCCCACAUCCCCUGCCAGAACUCCAGGGAGGCAGUCCCCUGGGAGAUCCAUCUGGAUAUGAGCCCCAGUGGAGAUGCAGAGAAAAUUCAACAAACCUUUGGACCUUUGAGCCCCCAGCCUUGGACGUCGACCCAGGACUCCAUGGAACCAUGCCUGCAUGUGUCCCAUCAGGAUCUGAGACUCCGUGGAAGGGCACACAGAGCAGAGAAAAUCUUUGGGUCUCUGCAGACCUAGUUUCAUCUCCCAGCCUUCCCUCAGCCUCUCUGCUGGAGUCCCUGGGAACGGGUGCCCAGGCAGUCUUGUCUGAGUCCAAAGCUUUGUGGGAGGCCAUGAGGCAGACAGACAACCUUUGGACCUCAGAAUCUCCAGGCCCUGGCCACAGCCCAUCUCUAGCUCCUAUUCUAGAACCCCACAGAAUCAAUCCUGUGGGAGGGCUCACUGGGUCAGAAACUGCAUGGAAGGACACUGAUCAUUCCCAGAAUUCCUGGGCUUUUGAAUCGCCAUCUCUGGCCUUCAGCCCACCCGCAGUUCUUGUACUGGAUUCCCUCAGAGCUAGCCCUACGGGGGUCCUGUUUGAUUCUGAAGCUACAAGUGGGGACAUAGAAAGGAGAAAGAACUCCUGGGCCUCUGAUCUCCCGGCUUGCAGCUUACCCCAAGACCCACGUGGAGCCAAGCCCUUGGGAGUCCAGUCUGACUCUGAGCCUACUGGGGGGGACAUGGAGCAGAAAGAAACCUGUUGUGCUCCUGUGUCCCCACUGUGGGGUCCCAGCCCAUGCCCAAACUCUAUGUCAAAGUCUCAUACAAGUGAGCCUACUGGAGACCAAUGCAACUGUAAAGCUGAGGGGGAAACAGUGGAGCAGAGAGAGAACUGCUGGACCAUUGAACUCCCAACUCCAAUCCCCAGGUCACUCUCUGCUCCUCUACCAGAUCCACACAUUGACCUUGAGUUUGUGUGGAGGAAUGUGCAACAAAGAGGGAUCCCCCGGGACCCCAGCCUUCUAGCAGUGGAUACCCUCCAGUCAAUAUCCUGGCCUCCCACCCACGCUGAAGCUCUGAAGAUUGAGUCCAACCAGCCUGGCCUACCCAAGGGAGAGCUGUUCCCAGGGGGUAAGGCAGAGACUCCAUCCUCCCAGGGUGAGGCUAUCCCAAAGGUGCCCACUCACUCUGAGAUCCAGGCCUGGCACUGGAGUAAAGAGUUGGAACUCAGGCUGAAGAAACUAAAGCAGAGCCCUGCUUCCAGAUCUCUUGGCCCAAGUCAAUCAUUCGGCAGCUCCUCUGCCCUGAGCUCCACAACUCAAGCCACCCAGAGCCUCUCUUCUUGCCCACCACAGCAGAUUCAUCCCCUCAGUCUGUGCCCCAACUCUUCAAGCUGUCAUCCCCCCAAACCUCAGAGCACAGUAACUCAGCCUGUCCAGGUCCCCCACUGUUAUCACUCCCAUUCCUCUAUCCAACCUCAGCUAUGGAAGUCUGGCAGGGCAGAACAAGGGUCUCAGAAAGAGCAAAGAAUGAAUGCGAAGAUGGUGUCCCAGAUCUCAUCCCAGGGGUCAUGUGUUCACUGCCCAGGCCUGGAAGGGCCCUCAUACCCUGAGGUUCCAGCCUCAGGCAAGAGACAGGACAAGGCUUCAGCCCUAUCUUCAGCCAAAAUGAGAGAGAGCCCCAGGAAACCCAAAGAAGGAGACCACGGAGAAGGGGAUGCAAAAUUGGGGUCAAUAACAGUUACAGGGAAAAGCCACCUAGCCCAGGCCAGAUUAGCAGAGGUCCCUGUAAGCAGACUUUCGCAAAGAUCUCAGCACAGGGACCAGAGCUCUCGACACACUGCUCUCUCCCCGCAGCCUCACUCCAAGGCUCCAGGUUCCCAAGAUCAGAGAGGGGUAAGGCUGGGAGCUGGUAACAUCCUGGCUCCUUGGUUCUGUAAGCACUGACCUUGGGCCCAGAAGUGUCUUUCCUCCCCCACACCUCAGGCUCCCCUUACCAGGGGUCUCCAAAGGAUGUUAGCCAAAUUUCUGGGUACCCAUGGACCCCUGCCCACCAAAUCCAGUCAGCAGAGAAAAGGCUGGUAGUACUGGCACCCAGUAUAAGUACUCCAAGACCUGAAGCCAAACCAGUUGGGGGGUGGAGACACAAAGGAAAUCCUAAUAAACUAUCUGAACUAGACAAAUCCCACUCAUGUCUUUUUGGGAGUCUGGGGUACUGGCAAUGACGGUUCCCUGUUCUGCUGCAGCUGUUAUCUCCUCAGGAUCCGGUCCCAGAAGUAGAGAGCUCAGGAUUCUAUAGGCUUAACUUUCUUUUCAGGCUGUUCACAGAUGAUCAACCUGGAGUCUACAACCUGGAGUCCUCUACAGGGUGAAGCUGUUAAGGCCAGGGGAGCACAGACCAAUGCUGCCCUUGAAAAAAACUUCACAGCAAGUCAACAGAAGAAAAAUAUAUCCAUUCACACGAGCACAACUGGUCUGGGUCUAGGCAGCUGCUCUUGGUCCUGGGUAUGGUCCCUUUCUUCACAUACUUGAUACACAAGUUCCCCACAUAUGUUUCUAGCCAAUUCUUGUCAGCCCUCUGCUCUUCUCUCUCUAGUUUAGCUCAUGCAUCCCCAAGGCCACAAAAACAAGUCCCUUUUCAUAUGUUUAGCGAUCGCGGAAUUUAUUCUAUAAUUGCCUGUUCAUAUCGUAUAUCCAUUUUUCUACUGCACUGUUUGCUGGGUAUUUUAUUACUUUUCUACUGCUGCCAUAACAAAUUAUCACAAAACAACAUAAAUUAAUUUUAUUAGAAGUCUGAUAUAUGUCUCACAGGGCUAAAAUCAAGAGGUUGGCAGGGCCGCACUGGAUAGGAUUCAUUCCUGGUCUUUCCCAGCUUCUAGAAGCUGCCCACAUUCCUUGGCUAUUGGCCCUCCUCCUCCAUCUUCAAAGUUAGCAAAGGCAAGUCAAGUUCUUCUCACAUCACUUUUUCCUCCCUCUCCCACUUUUCCAGACACUUUUAAUUACAUUGGACCCACCUCAAUAAUCCAAGAUACUCUUCCUAUCUUAAAGUAAGUUGGCUAGCAACCUUAAUUCUAUCUGUAACUUUAAUUCCCUUUUACCAUGUAGCACAAUAUAUUCACAGGUGCCAAGGAUUAGGACGACGUGGGCAUUGGUGGGGGGGUUUGGGAAUGGCAUUAUCCUGUCUGUCACAGAUAUUAACUCAACCUGUUACAUAUUCUGCAAAUAAUUUCUCCCAACCUGUAGCUUAUUUUCUAAUUUUAAAGCAAUUUUACCAUGCCAAAGUUUAAAUCUACCAACGUGUUCCCUUAUGGAUUCUAAAACUUUCUUCUAGCACCCUCAUGGAUGUUUCUUUGUUUAUUUAUUUUUGGCUGUGCCGUGCAGCAUGUGGGAUUUUAGUUCCCCAACCAGGGAUUGAACCCGUGCCCGCUGCAGUGGAAGGGCAGAGCACUAACCACUGGAUCACCAGGGAAUUCCCAUCGAUGUUAUGUUUAGAUUGUUAAUCUGUUUUUGAGUAUAGUAUGAGAAGAGAAUCUAACUCCCACAACCCCCAAAAAAGAUAUCCAAUUUUACCAAUACCACUAAAAACAUAAUGUCUUGAACCCAUUCCAUUAAGUGCCAUAUUUCAAAACAUGGGUCAUUUUUUAACCAUCUCUAGGCUUCAGGAUCCACCUAUCUAACCACCUACUAGUAUUGUCUCAUAUACAACCUGUCUAA